CGUAACCCUUGACAGAAGUGCUCUACGUGCCACGCAGAUCGGACGUAUUUGACUCAUAGAUAAGUUUCGGUUCGUUACGAUUCGAUUUAAAGUGAAGAGACUGAGUAAUUGGAAUUUAAUUUCCAAUUUGAAUAUUUCAAAAGUGAUACUUGUGAUAUUAAAUAUUGUGUAAUAAUGCCACGAAAGAAGCGCUCUUCCAGUCCUUUGGAUAUAUUUGACGAUGAUUUUGAUGAGGAUGCCAGCUCUCAAAGUUCUCAGCCGCCGGUGCAACGGAAUGCGGCCAAUGCCCGUGAGCGAAUGCGUAUGCGGGUGCUAUCCAGUGCCUACGGGCGUUUGAAGACCAAGCUGCCCAACAUUCCGCCGGACACAAAGCUCUCCAAGUUGGACACGUUGCGUUUGGCCACGCUCUAUAUAAAGCAGCUAAUUACGGCCGUGGAAACAGGCAGCAAUGGCAGCCAAUCCCAGAAUCACUCGCACAACCAUAGUCACCACCUCAACCACAGCCACUCGAGCACCACCAGUUCCGAAGGCCUGGACACGAGUCACAUGGCAGAGUCCGUCGGUGGAGGCAAUUAUCAUUUCCACAACAACGGACACGGCAUGAGCUGGCCCUUUGAGUUCCAUCAGAGUAGUCGCAGUCUUGCUUUUGCCACAUCAUCUUCAACUACUUUAUCGUCCUCCCGCAUGGAAUGGCAAUCCCUGCAUCCGCAAUCAUAUCCAAAGCCCACACGAAACGAAACCCAUGUUCCAGCGGAUCUCAGUUACCAUCAAUUGCCGGAAUCGCACACUCACUGGUAUCCGGCGGAAGUGCAUCAAAUGGAGCCAGCGCCCAGCUGUUCAUAUGAAACUGGAAUGGGACAACAUCAGCGGGGUUUAGCCAUAGCCACCAGCCACGCACAUGGCACAUAAAAUUUAACUUAAGUUUAAUGUUGUGUUAAAACCAAUCAAAUGUAAAACCUAGUAAGUGUAUUAAAACGUGAUUUAAUUUUACAUGUAUUCGUAUGUGCAAGCCUAAACGUAUUGCUAUAAGUCCAAAGAUUGGUAUUACCUCAUGAUCUUUUAAUUAGCAAAUAUAUAAAUGUUUUUUAAUAAAAAGUGUAUUAUUUUCAAAUUGUA